AGGACGUCAGCGAUCCUCUUAACCUGCUUCACUUUGUUCUAAAUGCUGUCACCUUCCUUCCUUUAGAACCCAGGAGACUGCUGGGCCUGAGCUGAUCCUGCCUGCAAGCAUUGAAUUCAGGGAAAGUUCUGAAGACUCAUUUUUAUCUGCCAUCAUAAAUUAUACCAAUAGCUCCACAGUGCAUUUUAAGCUGUCCCCUACCUAUGCGCUGUACAUGGCGUGUCGGUACGUAUUGUCUAGCCAGCACAGACCCGACAUCAGCCCCACGGAGCGCACGCACAAGGUCAUUGCUGUGGUCAACAAGAUGGUGAGCAUGAUGGAAGGGGUCAUCCAGGAAGUAGACCAGGUUGAUCAGAAACAAAAGAACAUUGCAGGGGCUCUUGCCUUCUGGAUGGCAAAUGCAUCUGAGCUUCUCAACUUCAUCAAGCAGGACCGAGACCUUAGUCGGAUCACGCUGGAUGCUCAGGAUAUUUUAGCACACUUGGUGCAGAUGGCAUUUAAAUACUUGGUUCACUGUCUUCAAUCAGAACUUAAUAACUGCAUGCCAGCCUUCCUGGAUGACCCUGAAGAGAACAGUCUGCAAAGACCAAAAAUAGAUGAUGUGCUGCACACGCUCACGGGGGCUAUGUCCUUGUUACGGCGCUGCAGAGUCAACGCGGCGCUGACCAUCCAGCUUUUCUCUCAGCUCUUCCACUUCAUCAACAUGUGGCUGUUCAACAGACUGGUGACUGACCCCGACUCCGGGCUGUGCUCCCACUACUGGGGGGCCAUUGUCCGCCAGCAGCUGGGACAUAUUGAAGCUUGGGCAGAGAAGCAGGGGCUAGAACUGGCAGCCGAUUGUCACCUGAGCAGGAUUGUGCAGGCAACUACUUUGCUUACCAUGGACAAGUAUGCACCUGACGACAUUCCAAAUAUAAACAGCACCUGCUUCAAGUUAAAUUCACUGCAACUUCAAGCCUUACUGCAAAAUUAUCACUGUGCACCUGAUGAGCCUUUUAUCCCAACAGAGCUCAUAGAAAAUGUGGUGGCUGUGGCUGAGAACACGGCUGAUGAGCUUGCCCGCAGUGAUGGCCGGGAUGUGCAGCUGGAGGAGGACCCUGACCUGCAGUUGCCUUUUCUUCUGCCAGAAGAUGGCUAUUCCUGUGAUGUCGUCAGAAACAUUCCAAAUGGUUUACAAGAAUUUUUAGACCCUCUGUGCCAGAGAGGUUUUUGCAGGUUGAUUCCUCACGCACGCUCUCCAGGCACUUGGACGAUACAUUUCGAAGGGGCAGAUAAUGAAAGCCACCUUGUGCGCGAGAACACAGAACUGGCCCAGCCUUUGAGGAAGGAACCUGAAGUAAUCACUGUGACCCUAAAAAAGCAGAAUGGAAUGGGCCUCAGCAUCGUCGCAGCAAAGGUAGGAGCCCAGGAGAGCCAUCCCUCCCCUCCUGACCAUGGGUCUGCGUGGUCAGGUCUGGUGGGCCAGGUGUUCUGCUGCCUGCAUGGACAGUGCCUGUUCAGCUCUGCUUCUGGGGAGGGGAGUGUGCUGUGUGUACGAAGCCAUUGUGACACUGGCCGUUCACUGAGGGAUAAGCUCCUGCUCUGAGAGUGUGGCUGGGCUGAGUGGUACAUUGAGACCACACAGGUAGUCUCAGAGGAAGCAGGUUAAAAGCAUGAGCAAGGCUCGAGUGGCACAGCAGGGAAAGCAAGAAUGGCAUAGGAGAAGAGGACUUUACUCUGUCACCUUGUCACCAGGCGUCAGACCUUCAGCCUUGAAUGACUGUGAUAAGCAGGCUUCUGGUUCUGCUCUCUAGAUUGGAGCCAAGGAGACAGCUGUGAGUCCUUCCCAAGGGUGCUGACUGCUCCAC